UAGGUAUCAGAGACCACUACGCGUGGUGGGGCAUGAACGAGGGCCGCGACAACGCUGGUAAACUCUUCCUGAUCCAACAAUUCGGGAAAUACGGGCAUCAAGAUGGUCGUGGGUCUGAUGCUGGAUCACCCUUUGGCCCUCGCACACCGUCUCGUCGAUCUCACGAUGCGAUGUCACCGUCAACCCAGCCAUCCCGCAAAAGUACCGAACCGAAUCUGAGUCUGCCGGCUCCGAAGCCGAUGCGGGCCACACAUAGUUUUUCCAGCUUGUCCAACGACAGAUCGGAACGCCUCCAUAUAGACCCAGACAUCCGCGUGCCUGCGCACCCAGACCGGCGACACAGUCCCCUAAUUCAGCCGAAUCAACUCAAUGCCACGAAUUCGACAACUACGCCAAAUCCGACGCCAAAGAACUUGGACACGGCGUCGUCGGCGGCAAAACUUACGGAUACGGCGUCAGCGACAUCGUUUAUAGUCACGCAGGAAGAUUCCACCGAGUUUGUACACAACACAAGCACAGAUCAAUCGAUGCCGCCUUUAGAAUCCUUAGCUGUUGACGCCGAUGUUUCGCCUAGGCCAUCAGGCAGCAGUACGCCCAUAUGGAAGCGCCGAGGUGCCCCAAUAAUAAGGCAUGAAGUUUUCUUCGACGACAACGCCAGCGUAGUCCCACAUCCAAACAAGCGGAAUAUUGUUGAUGUCAGGUGGCUGGAGGGUGACCAUCCCGGAGAGCAGGUGGAAAUGGACUUGUUUGCGCAUCGUUAUGUAGUGCGUGUAUCGCCGCUAAUGGCUAUACUUGAUCCGCACUACUUUAUCAAUGAAGUUCACGAAGUCUGUCGCAGAACGCGACACGCGGAUAAAGACAGAGGAGUUGUUAGAACAAGGCGGUCGACGCUAAGUGGACCGCUGCCGAGUACCUUGGUGGAGACCCUCGAGCAAUACGUGCAGCAGGCAGGCGAUAAAGAAGGUCGCGAUCUAGUUAUAUCCCGCACAGAGGAUAGUUUAGAGGUGGCUCGCGAUGAAGUAGAUAGUACUAGUCACGCGUCUAGUAGCUCCUGAUGGUGUAUACUAUAGAAUAUAUUAGAGACAUCCUUUUUUCUUUUAAAUAAAAUAGUCUAGUAUUAGUUUAGCUAGGUGAGCUGCAGUCUUGUUCUAUACCGAUUGAGUUGUAUAGUGUUUUUGAGCUGCUGUAUGUAGACUAAUUUUACAUUUUGAAAUCCAAUAGAGGUGCAAGCUUGUUGGGUGUGGAAGACGCGCAUGGAAAGAGUACUUUAGUUUGAGCACCCCCUCCUCUUUCCCCUCCAUUACCAAGUAUCUCAUUCGAGAGUUGUCGAUGCGGUUCCAAGUUGUAAACAAGUUCGGUACUUGUAGAAUAAAUAAGCUAUCCAAUUUAAGCCUAUUGUCUUAUUUGCUUUACGAGCAGAUGGUGCGGAGUCGCUUACUUUGGUCA